UUCGCUCGUGAACGAUCGCUUUCGCGGAUCGUCGUUUGGUAAGGCUUCGAUAUUCUACCACCUUAUUCCACAUCGAACGUUACCAUCGAUCUUCCCCCUGCUCGUUUCGAUUCUUGUCCCGUGUAUCAUGGCGACGUUGGUGCGACGAAUCUACUACGGAUACCGCUAUAUCAACGAGGAAUUAGCAGAUCCUCGAACACAGGACUACUUUCUCAUCGGAUCACCAUGGGGCUGCCUCGGCAUAAUGUUCUUCUACCUGUACUUCGUCCACGAACUCGGGCCCAAUAUCAUGGCGAAGAGGAAGCCCUUCAAUCUCGACAGAAUCGUGCAGCUCUAUAACCUGAUACAGAUAGUAAUGUGCGCAUACGUAUUCUACAAGGCAAUGACGUUAGCCUGGCUGGUCGAUUACCGCUUCUACUGCGAACCCGUCGACUUUUCUUACAAUCUCCGAGCGCUCGAGAUCACGAGGAUCGUCUGGAUAUACUUCAUGCUGAAGAUCCUGGAUCUGAUCGACACGAUCUUCUUCGUUCUUCGAAAGAAAGAGAAUCAGAUAUCCUUCCUUCACGUCUACCAUCACACAGGAAUGAUCUUCGGCUCCUGGGUGGCGACGAAAUUUUUACCCGGUGGUCACAUCAGCUUCUUAGGCACGAUAAACUGUUUCGUUCACGUGGUGAUGUACACCCAUUACCUGGCCACCUCGCUGAGAAUAAGCAAACCCUGGUGGAAGAAGCACGUGACACAGCUGCAGAUCACUCAAUUCUGUCUGAUAUUGGUGCAAUUCAUAUUGCUGGCCUGCUCGGAGAAAUGCGGCUUCCCUAAAUGGACAGCAGCGGUGAUGAUCCCUCAGAACCUCUUCAUGAUCGUGCUCUUCGGCGACUUCUACUACAAGACGUACAUCAAGAAACGGAAAACCACGAAGAACGGGAUCACGCCGGAAUUGUCGAACGGGAAGGUGAAGAAGAAUCAGUAAGUUGCGUUCCAACGAACGUGGCCGUUCUGUGUCCUUUAAGUUUCUCCAUCUUACGCGAGACGUAGAAAAUAGGGUGUCUGAAUUUUAAACGAUUGUCAAGAAGUAUCAUUGAAUCAUUAUUCGGUUCGAUUGAAAAUCAUCUCGUUCACCGCUAAACCAAUUUCUCUACAACGAGAGUACAAACUUGAACGAUCUUCGUCGCCGUCGGGAACACGGAGUGUCGAGGGUUUUCUCGUCUAAGCGAGCGUUCUAUUCGAUCGCACGUACGUUUCGCCGAUCCUCGAUUCAUCUUUGUAUUUAACUUCGUUUCAUCGUCCCCCGCCGACUCUCCUAUUAACGCAGAACCAUAAUCUUGUCUCCUCUGUUUCAACGCAUAAUAGACGUAAGUUGUGUAAUUGUCGAGUACGCUCCCCAACUCGACGAUCAUUCGCGAUAAGUGUCACACGUUGGUCGCCUGUUCACUUGCAAUCAAUAAAUGUUACCU